UAAUCGAAGGCGGAUCUUUGUGAUCCCUGCAGACCACAACGUGUACCGGUGUACCUUAGCUCGUUCCCAGCAUCCGAGGUUGGGAUGAAUCUUCUGUCGAUAUAACUUUUAAUAAAGAAAUUAAAAAAUAUUAUCAGAUAAAAGGUGCUAAGUAGCAGUUCGAAUAUUGACGAGGCUGAAUGUUUGAACCGCAGAAGAAUACUUGCAGAGGGUAAACAAGUCUGGCAGUGCUCAAAACUAACCUCAACAUGUUUUAAUGAUAUUUUUUACAAGUUGUUUACAAAACUCAAUCAAAAUGCCUUCCACUUGCGGAGAUACUACUGAAACUACUGGUCAAGCGGUAGAAGGUGUAUCUGGAACUGACAGCGUUGGGACACACAGUGAUCUUUCCGGAAACACUACAAUAUUAACCAGACCUAAGAUGGACAUAGUAUGCCUCUUGGAUACGCAACAACCGGAACAUUUGAAUCAAAGAAAAAAAGCAUUAGAACAUGUUAAACAAGCAUGCAAUUUAGUUAAUGCCAGAUUACAUCACAUACAGUUUGAAAAGUUGGACUUUGGAGAAACAAAUGUACUGGAUACAUUUUAUAAUGCAGAUGUAGCCGUAGUCGAUCUGAGCAUACAGUUGCAGCAAUCAUCCCUGUUUUACCACUUAGGAGUGCGAGAAAGUUUUGGGAUGAAAGACAAUAUUCUCUUAGUUAAUGAUGUCGAUUCAGAAGCAACUAUCCGAUUAAAGUUAUCUUGUGGUAGUUAUACCUUUUUGCCUUACAAGUUUGUGGAUUGCGAUACUAGUCUGUCUAUAUCUACUUCCCCUAAAAUUGGAGGUGAAGAAAUGAUUGAUCUCACGCAAAGGCUGAAAAAACUUUAUGAAGAGGUUGAAAUACACUCAAAAGCACACAUAAAAGAGAAAUUUUUAACAGAUCUACGUAAAGCAAGAGAAACCCUUACGGGUGAAGAGCUUGCAAGAGCCAUCACUAAUAUGCAAAAGAGAUUGGAUGAUCCAAAUGUUUUAUGUGGGGAAGUUGUUUUGAGUCUUCUAAUUUCUUUUCGAGAUAUACAGGACUAUGAUGCAAUGGUUCAACUUGUUGAUGAUUUGAGAACAGUACCAAACCAUAAAAGUGCAAUAAAUACACCGUUUAUUCGAUAUCAUUAUGCAUUUGCCUUAAAUCGUAGACAUAAAGAAGGCGAUCGAGAAAGAGCGUUAAAAGUAAUUGAAGAAGCAUUGAAGAAAAAAGAAAAUCAUGUUCCUGAUAUGUUAGGUUUGUGUGGUAGAAUUUAUAAAGACAUGUUUGUUGAAAGUGGGCAUACUGAUCUAGAGAGUCUGAAAAAUGCAAUAAAUUGGUACAGAAAAGGUUUUGAGGUUCAGCCCAAUGAGUUUGCUGGUAUCAACUUGGCUACUCUGCUAGUCGUGGCUGGUAAUGAAUUCUCAAAGAGCGAAGAGCUUCAGCAUAUUGCUAUGGUACUCAAUAAUUUGAUAGGAAAAAAAGGCAGUCUAUCGAGUUUGAAAGAUUACUGGGAUGUAGCUACAUUUUUCGAGAUUAGUGUUCUUGCGGAAGAUUACUCAAAAGCUAUAAAAGCUGCAGAAUGCAUGUUUAAAUUAAAACCUCCAGAUUGGUACCUUAAGUCCACAAUAGGAAACAUCACUCUCAUAGACAAAUUUCGUAAAAAAAGUGAUGAAACCGAAAUUUCUCCAGAAGAGCAGAUUUUCAGUUUCUGGAUGGAAUAUUUUAUUGAAGCCACAAAGUCAGAAGUUGGAGAUAGUAUUCGAUUUCCAAUUUUAGUGUUGGAACCAACAAAAAUUUAUAUGCCAAGCUAUGUGAUAGUGAAUCUUGGAGCUGACGAAAAGUCCAUCCAAAUUUCUAACUUGUGCCUUGAAAGUAUAAAACACAAUUGCAAACAGGUCCACGAUUGGUUAUUUACUGCCAAUAUGUUGCGAAGCGUUAGCCUGUAUAAAAGGGAUGAACGGUGCCUUUUUUUGUACGUUCACGAGAAUUCUGAUGAUUUUCAAAUAUAUUUACCCUCUGUACACUGUAGACAAAGAUUGUACGAUCUCGUUUUGGAAAUGACGAGAGAUCAGGAAGGAAUGGUUACGGAUUUGGACGCUUAUAUGGCUGAUGAUUCAUCGAAAAUCAAGUUCGAGUAUGACUUGGACGACCAGAAUAAACGCGUUAUUCUCGGUAGAGGAACGUAUGGCGUCGUUUACGCCGCACGCGAUUUGAGCACGCAAGUUAAAAUCGCCGUUAAAGAAAUUCGAGAAAGAAACCUAGGCGACGUGCAGCCAUUGCACGAGGAGAUUAGGUUACACAGUCAACUUCGGCAUAGAAACAUUGUUCAGUACCUGGGUUCCGUGAGCGAAGAUGGAUUCUUCAAAAUUUUUAUGGAGCAGGUUCCUGGAGGAAGUUUAUCGGCGCUGCUGAAAUCGAAAUGGGGCCCUCUAAAACGGAACGAAUCGACAAUUGCUCUCUACACGAAGCAAAUGCUAGAGGGAUUGAAAUACUUGCAUGAUCAGAAAAUCGUUCAUAGAGAUAUCAAAGGUGACAACGUUUUGGUGAACACCUACAGCGGAAUAGUCAAAAUCUCCGAUUUCGGUAUGUCGAAGAGAUUGGCUGGUCUAUGUCCAAGCACGGAAACGUUUGCUGGAACAUUGCAAUACAUGGCUCCGGAGGUUAUCGAUAAAGGUCAACGCGGUUAUGGAGCACCGGCUGAUAUUUGGUCUCUUGGCUGCACCAUAGUCGAAAUGGCAACCGGCAAGCCUCCGUUCAUCGAGUUGGGGUCUCCUCAAGCGGCCGUUUUCAAGGUUGGCUUCUACAAAAAACAUCCAGAAAUACCACCCGAGUUAUCAGAAAAAGCUAAAAAUUUCAUACUGCGCUGCUUCGAAGUCAAUGCCGACACCAGAGCAACCGCCGCCGAAUUGUUGGAAGAUCCCUUUAUCAUAGAGAAAAAGAAGACACUCCGCUUGGUUGCCCCUCCAGACUUCAGUCGUAGUAUAUCAGUGCCCGCCGAGAGGGCGGACAAAAUGAUGAUUAGCGACAAAACCAACAACAACAUCGUCUCACAAUCCCCCAUGCACGCGUCGCAAUCGGACGACAGCGUCGUACAUAAUGGAGAACUGCCGAAAUCACGUCGAUUGAGGGAACGCAGUCCAGCGCAUCUUCUUUCCCCAAUCAGCAUGCCGGCUGCAAGUCUUUCGUACAACAGCUGCAGCACGAUCGGCACGACACCCUCGAUCGAGGCGAGCGAGCCCGAGGUUGCUGGGAACUCCAUGACGAGGAGGAGCUCAUCGGGCGGUCUGCUGUCGCCGGACGUAGAACUAACAGCAGGUCAGCUGGCUCAGAAAAGUGGCGAUGAAGAGGGAGGCUUUUACUUGCUGAAGAAGGAUAGCCAGCGUCGAAUGACUCUCACGCGGGUUCUAAGUCAAGACGAAGCGAAAAUUUGCUCUCUCUGGAUGCAGAGCAUCCAAUCAGACGUUGGUCAGAAGACUGUAUUACAAAUGAACCACCUGGAAACGCUGACGAGGGCACUGAAGGAUUACAUAUCCACUCAGAACCAAGAAGCGAUCACGAUAGCCAUUGGUAAAUUGAAGGAAGAGCUGGACUUUGACUCGACUGCCAUCAAUCAGAUACAGUUGGCAAUUUACUUAUUCCAAACAGCCGUAAACGAGGUUCUUAGAAUGCACAGCAUAAAGCCUCACUGGAUGUUUGCCCUGGACAAUCUCGUGCGAACUGCCGUACAAGCGGCAAUCACAGUGCUAUCACCAGAAUUGGGAGCUAAUUUACUCGGACAAGAGAGAGCCCAGUCGACUACCGAGGGCGUAGAAGAGGGUUCAACUUCUGGAGUCUCCACGGUCAAUUCCAUAAAAUCACAUAAAACGAGCGAUUCCGCUGAGCACAAUAAGUUCUGGCACGAGUAUCGAGAUCAGAUGGGCUCCAUCAAGGUGGAGAACAUGAAACUACUGCACGAAUUGUUGGAGAGCCAGAAGGCUUACCAGAGUUUACUGUGUCAAGCACUGGACGAGCAAAAAGCGCAAUUGGGAGCUCUGACCGAGUUGUGUGAAAGUAUCGAUAAAAAGAUACGAAGAAGGAAUCUUGGGAUACCGCAAAUAAGUAUUACGGAUCGCGAUGAUGAACCAACGGCUGACGAACAAUUAAUAAAGUGGCUACAAAGCUUGAAUAUAGAUGGCAAUACCAUCGAAAGGUUUGUCUCUGAGCAGUAUACUCUGGAAGACAUCUUGGUUUACGUUACGCGAGAUGAUCUACGUAGAUUAAAUUUGAAGGGUGGAAUCGAACUGAGGAUAUGGAAAGCCAUACUCGCGCAUCGGCGAGAUGCGCCAACAAAUUGAGAAAAAGGAGUAAUAAUUUAACAAUAAAAGUACUAAUUUACCGUACUGACAUACUAACUCAUAUAGUGAUCAUGUAAACGAGAUUUGACGUAGUCGUCAGACUAUCGAAUCACGCACAAUCAAAAAAUAACCAUUUCUUUUAUAAGAAAGUGCCUUAACCAGUGAAAAGUGAAAGGUCCGUAUGUUAAUUAAUCGCAGCUGUUGAAUUUGUGUAGUCAUAGAGUUCUUGUUGAACAGUUUUAUUUUUUAUACCAAUCUAUAUGUAUACAUCAGCAAUUUUAAAGUGCGUCUUCCAUUGAUGUCAAAUAUGAAACAGAACCGAAUUUAUCAGAUGUUAAAACGAAUGAUAAUUAUUUAAUUGUAUAUAUGUGUAAGAGGAUUGUUGAUAGAGGCACUGAGGAUGAUAUAAUCAUGUUCUUUCAGUUUGUACAGUAUUGCGAAUCAGAUUUCGCAUAAAUUGUUGUUUUAAAAUCAUGCAGAGCAGAAAAAAUUGUUUUUAAUCAGAUAUCCAAUAUCUGCGAGAAUAUUCAGAUGAUAUAUUUAUACAUAAAUUUUGAUAAAACAUUAUUUAUUAGCCAGAGAUAUUAUUAAACAAUAAAAUGUUUAACUUUUAAAAGAAUCUUCAGCAACUUUUGUAAUAUCAUAGGAUAAUAUUUUCAUACGAACGCUGAAAAUGCGAUCCCACCGUCCUAAAAAAAUGUAUACAUCAAUAUGUAAAUUUAUAUUAAGUAAUGUUUACCUUUAGAGACUGACCAAAUAGCAAAGUUGCACUAAAACAACGCCCAGUCGCACAUAAUAAUAGGGAAUCCGAUUUCUCUAACAGAAAAAAGAAAACUGAAACGCUUUAACUAAGCAGUUUUUUAAACUUUCAAUAGGAUCAGGUAUUGUUAACAAUCUUUAAUUCGCUGAAAAAUACUCUAUGCUAAAAAUCUAAAAUUAAAAAAUGUCUAAUGUAAAAUCCCCUGAAUUCGAUUGCCAAGCAAUAAAGAAUAUCGAG